GGGUAUUGAGGUAUUAGCUUACAUCGCCUUUAAUCACUGCGUCAAAAAUAACAACGCGCCGAGCACUUAACUCGUUGGAUCAGAUCUAUCUUGUGUGCAGUUUGAAGGGAGAAACAUGGGUGCUUCGCCAUAUUGUUUGUUUUUCUUGAAUUUGAUUUUGGUUUCUGCAGCGUUUCGUCUCCCUUCCAGCCUGGCAGAUAUUUUCCUUCCCCUUCGUAAGAGAUCUCUAGUUCAUUGUGGUGGUACUCUGAGAGCUGACUCUGGAGAGAUCCAAACUCCCAACUUCCCCUUCCACUACCCACGGAGUACCAAUUGUCAAUGGAAAAUUGUGGUUAGCGGUUCAAGCAUAACGCUGAAUUUUGAGGAGUUUGAGCUUGAAACAAGUCAAGACUGUAUUUACGAUUAUCUGGAAAUUUAUGACGGUGAAUCAGACACCGCCAACAGACUGGGCAAGCUGUGUGGAAGCGAGACACCUGGUACCAUUGAGUCCUCCGGUCCUCAGCUCUUUUUGAGAUUUCAUUCAGAUUCCUCAGGGGAAUUCAAAGGUUUUAAAUUACGCUAUGUAAAAAAGGCAGAUUGUAGUCAGACGUUCUCUGGAGGGAAUGGCUUGCUCAGAUCCCCGAAUCAUCCCGAUGAGCAUCCGGCAUUGUUGAAUUGUUCCUACCUCAUCUGUGUCCCGAAGGAAAAACUUGUGUCAUUGCGUUUUACGCACUUUGACUUGGAACCUGAUGCAGGUUGUGCUUUUGACUAUAUUGAAGUUUAUGACGGUCCAGGGACGUACUCUCCGAAGCUUGGAAAGUAUUGUGGUAAUGAUAUACCAGACCAAAUCCGUUCUUCUACCAAUGAACUCCUUGUGAUAUUUGUCACGGAUAACUCCCUUCAGUAUUCCGGCUUUGCUGCUGCAUAUACUGCCGAAUCUAGAGCAGCUGUCGCUAAUCCUUGUCUUGUAAACAAUGGAGGGUGCUCUGAUGAAUGUUCUCAGACGUCCGAUGGACGGGUUUGCUCAUGUAAACCAGGUUUCACACUGGAUAGAGAUGGGGUCACGUGCAGAGACUAUGAUGAUUGCAUAAUCAACAACGGUGGCUGCGACCAUCUUUGCCUAAACACUCCUGGUAGCUUUCACUGCAAAUGUAAUGAUGGUUACUUAAUCGAUUCAGACAACAAGACUUGUAUAAAUGAGAACGAAUGCGCCACAGGAAAUAACAACUGCGAACAAUUGUGCCGCGACACUGAACAGGGUUAUUAUUGCGAAUGUCACAAGGGCUACAAAGUAGGACUCGACGGAUUCACAUGUCAAGAUUUGGACGAGUGCAAGUUACCAAAGAGUUUUCAUCACUGCCAACACACGUGCGUAAAUACACCAGGAAGCUACUACUGCAAGUGUAACAAAGGAUUCAUACUCAGUGCUAAUGGAAGAAUUUGCAGGGAUGAAGACGAAUGCUUGAUGGGAGGAACAAAGUGUGAGCAACAGUGUGUUAAUACCCCGGGUAGUUUCCAUUGUGAUUGUUACACUGGUUACCAUCGUGACCACCGACUUCCUCACAAGUGCGUGGACACUGAUGAGUGUUCAGAGGGCCGGCCAGACUGUCACAAGUGCAUGAAUUCUGAAGGAAGUUUCCGUUGCGAGUGUGAUGAAGGUUACAUUACCGCUGACAAUGAAACUCGUUGCGCGGAUAUCGAUGAAUGUGCGGUGAACAAUGGCGGCUGCUCUCAGAACUGCGUCAACAUGGAUGGAUCUUACAUGUGUGAAUGCAGCGAAGGAUAUAAUGCCACCGACCCCGAGUCACUUAACUGUGAAGACAUCGAUGAGUGCGCCAGAAACAAUGGCAAAGGAGAAUGUGACUACGCAUGCGCUAAUUCUGUGGGAUCAUUCCGCUGUUCUUGUGCUGCGGGCUUCCACCUAGAUGCUGAUGGACUGACCUGUCAUGAUAUAAAUGAAUGUCAAGCUAACAACGGAAACUGCUCGCAGAAGUGCAUUAAUACUCAAGGAGACCACUCAUGCUCCUGUUUUGAGGGUUUUGUGAACUCAGGUUCAAAUGGAACUGAUGUUAUCUGCAUUGACAUUGACGAGUGUUUUGAUGAGAUACACCAGUGUGACAGUCUCGCGAAAUGCCACAACACUCCCGGUAACUACUCAUGCCAGUGCCCUGACGGUUACUCCUCGCAGUGGAAGGACUGUAUCGAUAUUGAUGAAUGCACUAAGCCCGAGAUAAAUCAGUGCGAGCAAGUUUGCAACAAUUCUCCUGGAAGCUUCCACUGUGAAUGUAGACAAGGUUUUGACCUUCAAAACGACAGCAAAACCUGCAGCGAUAUUGACGAAUGUAAACUGGGCAAAUGCGAAAAAGGUUGUCUUAACACCGUUGGAAGUUACCAAUGUUUGUGCCCAGCUGGUUAUCAGUUGGCAGCAGACGGUCACCAUUGUGAAGAUAUCGACGAGUGUUUGGAAGAUAACGGUGGUUGCGAUCAAAGAUGUGUAAAUGAAAAUGGAAGUUAUUCAUGUGCUUGCCAUCAUGGUUUCAAACUUCUGAGAGAUGGAUCAACAUGUAGAGAUAUCGACGAAUGUCUGCUGAACACUGCGUGUUGCAACCAGGGUUGUUUCAACACAGAAGGCAGCUAUAACUGCUCUUGUUACCAAGGAUACACGUCCAGCAGUAACUGCACCUGUGUAGAUGUAAAUGAAUGCCAAACAAAUAACGGAGGCUGCGAACAGAUUUGUACCAAUAACCCGGGAAGCCAUAGAUGCUCGUGCAACUCAGGUUUUGUAAUCGAUAGCAGUGACCCGAAGCGCUGUGUGGACAUCAACGAGUGUCUUACGGACAAUGGUGGAUGCCAUCACAACUGCACAAACUCCCCUGGUUCAUAUCAGUGUACUUGUCAUCCAACCUUUAAACUACAAAUUGACGGGAAAACGUGCGGACAUUGCCCCACCUGCAGUGAUUUUGAAGCUCUGUUACAGACUGUUGAACAGCUAAAGAACAAGCUUGCUUCGAUUGAAGUCUGGAAGCAAAGUGUUGACGGUCAAGGAUGUGUCUUUGAACUUGAAAUUAAACCUGAUGGAACCUCGUGGAAAAAGAGUCCGUGUGAGAUAUGUCGCUGCGAGAAAAAUCAAACCCGCUGUGAAAGGAUUUCAGGCUGCUUAGAAACGACGGCACAACCCCUCACUACAGAGGAAAUGAUCACAAUUACUCAUGAUGAUAAUGAUGAUGACGAUGGAGACGAACCUGUUUCUUCUACAUCAAGUGGUGAUUUGCCAACAUCAACGGCCGCUUCAAAGACACUUUCAACAGAAAGAGAACUUUCUGAGAGUGAGCUAUUUACUAUCAACAAGAAGAAACGAUUGCAGUGAGAAAGAAUCGUCUAAUAGCGAAUCAAACGUGUAAUCUUAUAAGGGUUAGGGUAGAACAUAUCUGUCAUGGAAUUUUUAACUAUAAAAUUGCGGCUUGUUAGUAGGAACGGUAGAGUCAAACGUAUUAUUAGUGAAAACGCUAAAGAACAAAACUUUUUUUCGCACAAAUUUGUCCAAACCCAAUUUUUUUAAUAAAGGGAGUAAGUUUCUAAAAAAAA